AUGCCUAAAAACAAGGCCAUAAUUAUGGCAUUUAAACUUAUAGCAAGUUUAUCUGCAGCAACAUUUUGCGCGACCAAAUUUAUCAACACAGCUGAUGACGAUCCUUUUUGGCGUACCAAAGCCCACGUCCCACUCAAAAGUUUGCCUGAAAGCUCCGGCUAUUUGGUAUUUUCCGGCAACUCUAAUCGUCCAUUAGCAAGAGAAAUUGCAAGCUCCCUCGGCACCCACCUAGGUAACGUAAAAGUGGGUAGAUUCGCUGACGGCGAAAUAAAUCUUCAAGUAUUUGACCACAUCAGAGGCCGAGACGUCUUUUUAAUCCAAUCCACCUGUCCGCCUGUAAAUGAGCAUUUAAUGGAAUUGCUAUUAAUGAUAUCUACAGCUAGAAGAGCUUCAGCCAAAAAAAUUACUGCAGUUAUCCCUUAUUAUGGCUAUGCUAGACAAGAUAGAAAAAUGAUGAGCCGUGUCCCUAUUUCGGCUGCUGAUGUAGCUAAGUUAUUAUAGUAGUUUAGGUAUUUUUUAUAGUAAUGGGGCUUAUAAGGCUUAAUUUUAAAGUCUUUGCAAUUUCUUGUCAGAGGUACUAUUAAUAAUAUAGAAAAUAUACUAUAGAAACGGUAGGAGUUGAUAGGGUUAUUGCAUGCGACCUUCAUUGCGGACAAAUUCAAGGGUUUUUUGGGCCAAGAGUGCCUGUCGACAACUUAGAAUCAAGCAUUGUGGCGCUUGACCAUUUUAAGCAGCUUAACUUAAUCAACCCUGUGAUUGUAUCCCCAGAUGCAGGCGGAGUUUAUAGAGCUAAAAAGUUCCAGAGCUUUAUGAUGUCAGAAAACUGUGAUCCUGGACUUGCAAUGAUUAUUAAACAAAGAGCAGGGCCGAAUAAGAUAGAAAGAAUGGAUUUGGUAGGAAGUGUAGAUGGCUGUGACGCAAUUAUUAUUGACGAUAUGAUAGAUACUGCAGGAACAUUAUGCCAAGCUGCAGAGGUAUUAAAGAUUAAUGGCGCCAGAAGAGUUUUUGCGUUUGCUACACAUGGACUACUGUCUAAAGAUGCUAUGCAGAAAAUUGAGAAAAGUCCUUUAGAUGAAGUUGUGAUUACUAACACAAUUCCACUGCCUGGGAAUAAGGAUACUGAAAUAGCUGAUUUAGUACCGAAAUCUAAUUUCAAGUCAGAAAAAGUGAAACAGGUGUCUGUCGCCACGCUCCUUGCAGAAGCUAUUAGAAGAGCUUAUCAGAAGGAAAGCUUUUCUCAGCUGUUUUAUCCAAAAAAUUUUAAAGGAGAAUAG